AUGAAGGCAAAAGAGGAAACUCAGCUGGUGGCUACAGUCCAGGCAGUGUCAUUGAAGGAGAGAAACCAUUUUGGGGGCAUCUUUCGAGACCAUGUGGUGGAUACCCGACAGUACUUGGACCACGUGAGAGAGUCCACGGCAGGCACACAGGGUAGACCUGUGAAGCUAUUUGCAAACCAUUUCCGAGUGACAUCUCGCCCCCAGCAGAUCACCUAUAAAUACAACAUUGACUACAUGCCAGACAUCGAGGACAGACAAGUUCGUUCAGAACUGCUUCUGCAGCAUAAAGCGAUAAUUGGAAAGUGUUAUAUAUUUGAUGGAACUUCUUUGUUAUUACCUCACAAACUACGAUCACCGAAAAUGGAAUUGGUCAGCCUGCUGAAAAAACAGGUUGUGAAGGUGACCCUUGAAUUCACCAGCGAACUCAUGCCCUCCUCACCAGACUGUUUACGUUAUUACAACAUUCUCUUUAGAAGAAUUUUGAAGAUGAUGGAGUUGGAGCAAGUUGGUCGCAACUAUUACAACAAACGUGAGGCCAUGGAGUUCCGUGAUCACAAGCUGGUCAUCUGGCCUGGAUAUGUUACUUCUAUUCUUGAGUAUGAAACCAGCAUUACCCUCUGUGCUGACGUGAACCAUAAACUGUUCCGAAUGCAAACAGCCUAUGAUUUAAUAUCGGAUAUUCGUGAUGGCUUCCCCACAAAGCAAGAGCUUCAGGAGCAAGUUUCUAAACAACUAGUCGGAUCAGUUGUUUCUACAAUGUAUAACAACAAAACCUAUAGGGUGGACGCUAUUAAUUGGGAGGAAACUCCCAGAACUACAUUUAAAACCUCAGAUGGUGCUGAAAUCACCUUUGUAGAAUACUAUAAAAUGCGGUAUAAUCAAGUGGUCACGGAACUGAAUCAGCCGCUCUUGAUCAGCAAAGGCAAAUGGAAGAAGAGCAAACAGGACAUGCCCCGUGAGCCUAUACUGCUGGUUCCCCAGCUAUGCAACCUGACAGGUCUAACAGAUGAGCUGUGUAAAAAUUAUAGAGUGAUGAGAGACUUGGUUCUCCAUAUGAGGUUGGAUCCAGAAAAAAGGCAGCACGAGUUACGAAAAUUGAUGAAUACUAUACAGACAAAUAAGGAGAUCCAACGGGAACUUCAACUCUGGGAUUUGAAAUUUGAUGCCAGCUUCUUGUCCUUCUCAGGAAGAAUCUUGAAAGAAGUAAGAAUUUUUCAAGGAAGACGAGUGUUUGACUCCCACCCACAAUUUGCAGAUUGGACAAAAGAGACAAGAAGUGGACCCUUACUCAAUGUCAAGUCACUAGAUCAUUGGCUAAUACUCUAUCCUACAGGAUACUACAGAACAGCCUCAUCCUUUCUGCAGAGUCUACAGAGAGUCACACCCACCAUGGGCAUAGCUAUGAAAGAGGCAAAAAUGCUUGAAGUAAGUCAUUCAGUCCAAUCCUAUACAACCACCUUAGAAAACCACGUGUCCUCCAAAACACAGAUGGUUGUUUGCGUGUUGUCCAGUGAAAAGAAAGAGCUGUAUGAUAGCAUAAAACAAUACCUGUGUGUCAGUUGCCCAAUCCCAAGCCAGUGUGUCCUCGCACGGACCUUAGACAAACCCCAGACGCUGCUGACCAUUGCGACAAAGAUUGCCCAGCAGAUGAACUGCAAGAUGGGAGGAGCCCUCUGGAAGGUGGAGACAGGAUUGCAGAAUGCGAUGUUCAUUGGUAUCGACUGUUUCCACGAUACUGUAAAUCGGCAGAAGUCGAUUGCAGGCUUUGUGUCCAGCAUCAAUCAGGAAUUGACACAGUGGUUCUCUCAGUGCAUCUUCCAGGAAUCGGGACAGGAGCUUGUGAAUGGGCUGAAAGCCUGCUUGGAAGCCGCCCUGAAGCUCUGGUGUAAACAUAACCUGUUUCUGCCACAAGCUAUCAUUGUGUACCGGGAUGGAGUGGGGGAUGGUCAGCUUCAAGCAUUGCUGGACCAUGAAGUACCACAGAUUGAGUCUUCCUUAAAAUCUGUAUAUCCUAAAGACUCUGGGGUCAAACUUACUUUCAUCGUGGUGAAGAAACGAAUAAACACCAGAUUUUUUGUGGAGUCCGAAGGAAGACUUCGAAACCCACUUCCAGGAACAGUUAUUGAUGUGGAGGUGACCAAGAGGCAAUGGUACGAUUUCUUUAUCGUGAGUCAGUCUGUGAAAGACGGUACUGUCACUCCCACUCAUUAUAAUGUCAUCCACGAUACGGUUCGCUUCACCCCAGAUAGGAUACAGCAUCUCACUUACAGACUAUGCCACAUGUAUUACAAUUUGGCAGGUGUCAUUCGAGUUCCUGCUCCUUGUCACUAUGCCCACAAACUGGCUUACCUUGUGGGUCAGAGUAUCCACCAAGAACCACACCAUUCCCUGGCCAGCCGUCUCUUCUACCUGUGACUUUCAGAAGAAAGCCUGACGACAUGUUGAAAACCAGCAUUUAUAGGGAAACAGACCACGAGGUUUGUGUCUUACAACUUACCUUUGAAAUCAGUGACUUUAUGAUGGACCACGCCUGAACACUUGGCACUUCUGAGCAAGUGACACCACUCGUCAUCGAGACUGGGCAUUAGUCUCAUGAAGUAGACUCUGCUUGGAAAAGGAUAUCUUUCUGAAACCUUUUAUUUUUAAGGGACAGAAAAGCUCUAAAAAUGUCAAAAUUAAACGGGGAUUUAAUUGUCUUAUUUAAAGUUGUGUAGGAAAGAAAUAACCCAUGUACAUAGUAUUGUUCACUCUUCCAAUGGGUGGAAAUUUGAAUGUGACUUUGGUGGAGCUGUAAGAGUUGGAAGCUCUUGGAACAUUGAAGUGUUUUUGUCACUUUUACCACAAAGAAGGGAAACCUAGAUCUCGAUUAGCACUUCCUUUUCAUGCAUUCUCUUGUGCAUGUUCCAAGGGUGAUGUUACUGUUAGCUGUACCAUAAU